GAGGGUAGCGCAUCGGAGCCGCUGCUCCCUAUCUCUGAUCUCCCAAAUUACGCGCGUGCAGGCAGGUCAUGUGGAUUCUGAUGUACGAGGCAGGGGUAGGGCCGGGUCUCUUAUGAUCACCAACCAAGGGCUCUCAGAAGAUAUUCAACGGAAACACGGACCACAUCACAGACAGGUAGAGGCAGACCUUGUGCUGUGAACGCUCAUCUCUGCAACACAUCGACAGCGCCUCUCCACUGGUGUUCAUCAGAACGCACGCCAUGGCUGAGUACGACUACGUGGACCCCGGCUUCUUCAACACCUCCAGCGACGGCAGCUGGGGGCACGAACGCUUCUUGGAGUUCCGCAAGGUCUUUCUGCCCUGCAUGUACCUGGGGGUGUUCAUCUGUGGCCUGGCGGGGAACGCGCUGGUGCUGGUCAUCUACGUCUUCUACCAGAAGCUGAAGAGCCUGACGGACGUGUUCCUGGUGAACCUGCCCUUGGCCGACCUGGUGUUCGUCUGCACCCUGCCCUUCUGGGCCUACGCGAGCAUCCACGAGUGGGUCUUCGGCGACGUCCUGUGCAAGACCCUGCUGGGCAUCUACACCUUGAACUUCUACACAUCCAUGCUCAUCCUCGCCUGCGUCACCAUUGACCGCUUCGUCGCGGUGGCUCGGGCCACCAAGGCCUACAACCAGCAGGCGAGGCGGAUGGCCUGGGGCAAGGCCAUCUGUCUGUUCAUCUGGGGGGCCUCCCUGCUGCUUUCGCUGCCACAGAUAAUCUAUGGCCACGUCCUCUAUCUCGACAAGCUCGUCUGUGGUUAUCACGACGAGGAGAUUUCCACUGUGGUUCUCGCCACCCAGAUGACACUGGGGUUCUUCCUGCCCCUGGUCGCCAUGAUUGUCUGCUACUCGGUCAUAAUCAAGACUCUGCUUCGCGCCCGAGGCUUCAAGAAGCACAAGUCUCUGAAGGUCAUCUUCCUGGUGGUGGCUGCGUUCCUGCUGACCCAGACGCCCUUCAACCUCGUGAAGCUAAUCCGCAGCACGAACUGGGAGCACUACACCAUGACCAGCUUCCACUAUGCCAUCAUCGUGACGGAGGCCAUCGCCUACCUGCGGGCCUGCCUUAACCCCGUGCUCUAUGCCUUUGUUGGCUUGAAGUUUCGGAGGAACUUCUGGAAACUCGUGAAAGACCUUGGCUGCCUCCCUUACCUGGGGGUCUCAGGUCAAUGGAAGUCUUCCGACGAUGCCUCCAAGACCUGUUCUGCCUCUCAUCACGUGGAGGCCACCAGCAUGUUCCAGCUGUAG